AUGGCUCCUAAACCACCUACAUCUUCCUCCUCCCACAAAGCCCCUAAAGCGCGCAAAUCGGCGACGGCAGGCCCGUCAGCGUCCAAGUCCUCCAGUAAAGACGGCAGACGGCCGCCGCCAAAGCAAGUCAAGUCGAAGCCCGGUUCGCACUCCAACGGCGGGGCGGCGAACGCAAAAACCUCGAAAAGGCGAGCGCGCACCUACACGGACAAGGAACUCGGGCUGCCGGCGUUGAACAUGAUCACGCCGGUCGGGGUGCAGAAGCCGCGCGGCAAGAAGAAGGGCAAGAUCUUCGUCGACGACAAGGAGAGCAUGAUGACCAUCCUCGCCAUGGUGAAUGCCGAAAAGGAAGGCCAGAUCGAGAGCAAGAUGAUCAAGGCCAGACAGAUGGAAGAGAUCCGCGAGGCCAGACGGAAAGAAAUGGAGAAGAAAAAGGAACAGAAGCAGCAGGCCCUGGAAGAAGUGAAGAAGGGUUUGAAGAAGGGAAAGAAGGCCAGGGAGACCAAGAGUGGUGGGGACGCGUCAGAGGAGCGUGGGAAGCAGUCGGACGUCAAGGAGAAGAAAAAGAAGAGAGUCUCGUUUGCAUGA